AUGGUAUUACGCCCUCCCGCAGAGUUGUACCGCCCGCACAGGCCCGAAGCGGAUACGCGCUUGACGAACCUCAGUCUGGGCAAGCGUGGGUGGACGUAUGUCAGCCACCAUCAGGAACCACAAUUCGCCACAAUUUAUCCGGCCUCCUCGGACGACGAGCACAGCGACGACGGCCCGUAUGACGCGGAUUGUGUACCCUGGGGCCCUCCCGUGUUUGAGCAAGGUCCCGGGGGAGUUCCCGUCAGAGUCUGGUACAACCGCAAAAGGGUCAGACUCGAGAUCCUCAAGAUCGACGUGAAGAUCGAUCAAAGACGAUAUCUCAAGUACGCCGAGCCGAUACCCGGUGACCCUGUGCGAUGGCGUUGCAUCAGUGAAAUCAUGGAGAACGACACGCAUGUGCGAUGCUGCUACAAAUCGAAUAAGCAUCUUGUCAAGCGUCACGUCGAGUCCAUGCACAUGAAUGUAAAGUAA